AUGCGCCCCAAGUUACCUCGCUCGAUGUCGCGUAUGCAUGACGUGUUCAACGUCGAUCGACUUAAGCACUACCAGCCCAAAAGCCAAGUUUGCCUCCCGGCCUAUCCCGAAAACUACUUCUGUUGUUCUACACGAAUCCACCUGUUGUUCUACACGAAUCCACCCGGCGAAGAAAUGUACAUUAUCGAAAAACUGCUCAAAAAGUGCCAGUUCAAUCGCAAGUUGGAAUAUUUGAUCAAGUGGCAUGGACAACGCGAAAGCGAAGCCACGUGGGGACUGAUGAAGGAUUUUAAUCAUGUUGUGGACUUCAAGCAACUCGUCCAAGACUUGAAGUCAAGGCGUUUCAAGGUGUAG